UACAACAGCAACCUUCGGGGGUACUGACUUAAGAUCCUCUGCUGGGUGUGUGCGCCAAUCAUUCCACUGGCACUGUGCCAAGCACAUUCCUUAUAGGGAAACUGUACCUGGUUAGCCCACCGUACCAAUCACAGCACUCACUUUUCCCAGUCACUCUGUAAGCACUCUGUAAUUUAAUUAAUUAGUUCUAGAAAGGCCUAAAGUUAUGCUAAGAGUCUGAGCAUAACUCAGUUUGCCUGCUACAGGGGCCAAACCAGUCCCCAGCAAUGGGGCAAGCAUGCCAGUACCAGCAGUCUUUGUAUUGUUAUUCCUAACAGCAUGGGGCCCACUGAAGAUAAAACACAGAGAGAGAUCAAGAAAGCAGUGAACACUGGGCCACUAACAUUAUUCAUUUUGGAAAGAGAAGAGAAAAGCCUUUAUUGAACGUAAACUUGCACAAUUUUUUUGUAAGUAUUUAAUUAAAAAACAAACAAACACCAAAGCAGCAAUUCUGCUACAUAUUUAACUACCUGAACUAAUCUACAUAUCCUGAGGAAAACAAUCAGAUGACUCAGACAUUGUCACAUGACCAGAGAAUUUUAACCCAGAGAGGAGUGGUCUCCUUUGCCUGAACUUUUUUUUAUUUUCAGAAGUUCAAGAGUGUAUAUUCUAGGCCUGAUAGAGCUUAAGGGACCCCAAGGCACUUCUGGGUGCCACAACACCCUGAUUGAGAAUCACUGAUUCGGCACAUCAAGCAAAACAGGAACCUGUUGCAUCCUUUGUUUUGUAAAGGACUGGAAAAAUUCCAAGAAGAUGUCAGAAAGCCAUUCCCUGCUGACUACUCUUAAAAGAAGCCGGAUGACCUCUCCCAGCAACAAUAUCAAAUAUUCCUGUUUUAAAGACUCCUACUCCACUUCCAUCUUUCAAGACAGUGGAUACAAUGAAUCAUUAAAAGACCCUUGCUUAGAUCAUCCUGAUGUAGAACAUAAAGAAGCGUUUUCGUUGCUACAAGAAUGUUCUGAGUAUUCACACCCUAGUUUAGUGAUUCCUGUAUUGUCUUCCACUGAAAUUGAAAAGAACUCUACAUUCUUAUCAGAAAGAAGAAAAGCAAAUCUUAGUGUAGAUUUUUUUGAAACUCCUAAAGCAAGUAAAAAAGACCCAUCACUGUGCAGGAGACUGCUUCUGUCUAAAACUGCUUCAGAUAAUACUUUAGGGUGCUUUGAAAGACAAGCCAAUUCUUCAUGGAAUAGCAGGAAAAAAACUUUAUCUCAUAGUCUCUCUUUUGAAGAUGGGCUUGCAAAAAGUGUUUCAGAUUCUCCAAGAGAUAAAAAUUAUAAACCUCUAGCUACUAGCACCUUAAAAACUGAGGAGUCUAGCCCUAGUUGUCAAAAAUGGAGACUUGCUUUUUCACAGCAAAGGACUUCUACUGUAGAUGAUUCCAAAUGUAAAAACAGCUUGGUGCCAGAACCUGAAUGUCUAUCGCCAAUUCAAUGUAAUGCUUCUAAAGAGACUACUGUUGGAAAGACUCCUAAUGAAUUAAUUGAUAGUGCCCUCACAAGCAGUAGUAAUGAAAGUACUUCUAUGCAGUUGCUUAAAACACCUACUUGUAUGUUGUCUUGGGUAAAUGAGAAUAAAUUUUUGACCCCAGUCAACAACCUCCUAGCCAAUUUUAAGCUUAAUUUAUCUGAUAUACCUACUCCCCCUGUUAAAGUGGUAAGUGACCUGGACCUUUCAACACCUGAAGAUAGUGGGUACAAUUCACUUAGCUUGGAUAAAACGGAAGAUUCCUUGUCUCAUCAAGAGGGAUCUUUCCAAGAACUCUUUCAAAAUCAUAAAGAAACUCCCAAAAUUCUUGAUAUUAACAGAAAGCUAAGAAAACUAGACCAAUUCAGAAGACUAUCCACCCUUCAGGAAAGGGGCUCACACUCUGAGACGGAGGAAGACAAUGAUAUCACUCUAAAUAAUUCAGAAUAUGAAUUAAAAAUAAGAGAAACUGUCAACAAAGAAAGUGGCUUGGUUUUUGAUGAAGAGAACAGUGGAAAUUUGUUUGUAAAACUUGGGGAUUUAUCAAGAACCCCAGCUUUACAAGUAAUCCAGGAAAUCUGCAUUCAAAGACAAAAGAGAAGUUCACAGCAAAAUGAAUGUUUGGAAAAUGCUUAUGGGGCUGAAAUGUCUGUAUUGGACUAUAUUCUUGCUGGACUUAUAGGCAAGAAAAUGGGCCUUGAAAAAUUAGAUAUUUUAACAGAAUUAAAAUACAGAGAUUUGAAGCAUGUUCUUGCAAUAGUUUUAGAGGCUUUGACUGUGGAGAACCUGUGCAGCAUUUGGAAAGUAAGCAAAAACUGGCGUGAAAUUGUUGUUCAAGAUAAAAAUGCAUAUCAGAGGAGAAAAUUGUACAUAAAACAACAGAAGGCAGAAGCUGGGGGAUGCCUCUUGAAUGUUGAAGAUGCUGCGACAAGAUUUAAUAUUCUAAGCAGAUCUGCUCUAAGACCUGUACAAGCUCAAGCCAAAACUGCUUUAUUUCAAACCCCACCUUGUUGCAUCGAGCCGGUGAUAGCUACAAGAUGCAGUUCUGUUUCAUCGUCAACUAGUAAACAGGAAGAAUAUUUUAAGGUUGCCAGAAGUCUUUUUACCGAUGAAGCUUUAAAACCCUGUCCAAGAUGUCAGCACCCUGCUAAAUAUCAGCCUUUAAAGAAACGGGGACUAUGUAGCCGAGAGACCUGUGCAUUUGACUUUUGUAUAGUAUGUUUAUGUGCCUUUCAUGGAUCAAAAGAAUGCUGUAAAACAUCUGCAAAGUGGCAAAAUAAAAAAGAUGCUCUGCCAGGAAGUGCCCAAAGCAAGAGAAAUUUAAAACGACUCUAAAUUUUCCUUUCCUCAUCAAUUCCUAAUCUUGUAUAUAUUUUUAUUAAUUGCACAUAGUUUAGAAGUAUUAUUCAAUGUCAUUUUGCCCAUUAAUCAAGCUGCUGAUUUCUCAUGUAUAUAUCUUAAUCUAACUUAGUGUGGUUUUUGACAAAUUUUUGAAAAAAAGUGAGAAUUUUUAACUGUUUUAUGUCUUGUUUUACCUGUGAUGUAGCCAGACACUUCCAACAGCUUAAUUUUCCAAUAAAGUACUUUCAAUAUAGUCUUCAAUAAUUUAACUCACAAUAUCACUUUAAUAUUUAAAAUUGUA